GCCCGCUGGGAGGGGCGGGAGGAGCAAAGGGGCCUAGAGAGCUCUGUGAAAAACUGUGAGGCUGGCGGCCCGCAGGCGAGGCGUCCUGGUUGGACUGGCCCGAAAGGGAGUCCAGUUCCCCGAAGAGGCUGAGGCGGCCGCCUAGAGUUCGGACAGACAGGAAGGGCCAGCAUGUCCUUACUGCUGCACCCCGCCCUGCUGCUGCUCCUGGGCGCCACGCUGACCUUCCGGGCGCUCCGGCGCGCGCUCUGUCGCCUGCCUCUGCCCGCACACGUGCGCGCCGACCCCCUGCGUACCUGGCGCUGGCGCAAUCUACUCGUCUCCUUCGUCCACUCCAUUGUGUCAGGGAUCUGGGCGCUGCUGUGUAUAUGGCAGACCCCCGAAAUGCUGGUGGACAUUGAGAUGGCAUGGUCGCUUUCUGGCUAUCUGCUCGUUUGCUUCUCUACAGGGUAUUUCAUCCAUGACACUGUGGACAUCGUGGUUAGCCACCAGGCUGAGGCAUCUUGGGAAUACCUCGUCCAUCAUGUCAUGGCCCUGGCUGCCUUCUUUUCAGGCAUCUUUUGGAACCGUUUUGUAGGUGGGGGUGUCCUAACACUGCUGGUAGAAGUUAGCAACAUCUUCCUCACUAUCCGCAUGAUGAUGAAGAUCAGCAAUGCCCAGGAUCACCUCCUCUACCGGAUCAACAAGUAUGUCAACUUGGUUGUGUAUUUUUUCUUCCGCCUGGCCCCUCAAGUCUACCUCACCCAUUUCUUCCUGCAAUAUGUGGGCCAGAGGACACUGGGCACCUUUCUGCUGGGUGUCCUGAUCAUGCUAGACAUCAUGAUUCUCAUCUACUUUUCCCGCCUCCUCCGCUCUGACUUCUGCCCUGAACGUGUGCCCAGCCAACAACACAAAGACAAAUUCUUGACAGAGUGAGAGGCAGAGCCUGGGACUUGUGGCAAGGACAGCAAACACAAUCAAGGAGCAGAGCCUCACAUAAACCGAGAUGUGGCUUGGCCUCAAACCCGGGGAACUCAACCUUUCCACCUUUCAAGCCUGCACCACUAUUGAAAACGCUAAUGAAAGCACUCUGAAGUCCUUGUCCUUUCUUGGGCAAGAGGUGAGGGAAGCAGAAAGACCGGUUGGACAUGGUAGUUGGGUGUGGGGACAAGGUGGACAAGGUACUACCUGAAAGGCAGGCAACCCACAGUCCUGAAAUGGAUGCUAAUGAAAACUCUGGGUAUUGGUUUCAUACAAAGCCUCUUCCAGGGACAAAGGAAUGGGAUUCUUAUGAAACUUCUUGUUCUCUUACCCCUAUGAUGGAAACAAGUUCUAGUGGUCCUGGGACUACUAA